GUUCGAGCUCAAUCGUGAGUUUCGCGUUCGAAGACGACUCUGGGAUCUCUUCUUGUCUUCAACCACACGCCUCCAGUCGACAAUGUCUUCGGAGCCAAAGGCUGGUGUUGGUGUGUCGCACAACGAUCGCCGGGAAAGCAGUUCAACGACAGACAUUCGACACGUGCAGAAUGUCGCUCUCGCAGAUGCAACUGCAAAGGCUGGUGUCUCGCCCUGGACACCUGCUAUGUUUAGGCUCUACGUGUGUCUGCUUGUAGCAACACUAAACUCCUGCAUCAAUGGAUAUGAUGGAUCUUUGAUGGGAGCCAUUAAUUCGUAUCCGCAAUACCGAGGCUAUUUUGGCUUCAGUAUGGACGAGGGCACGCCGUCCACUGGUAUUGUUUACGCCAUAUACACCAUUGGCAACUUGGUGGGCUCUUUUGCAGCAGGACCUGCCACUGAUUUCAAGGGCCGCAAAUGGGGAAUGUUCUUGGGAUGCCUUAUUAUAAUCGUUGGAACGUGUAUUCAAGCUACUAGCCACACCCUUGGAGGGUUUAUGGGCGGCCGUUUCGUGCUUGGAUUUGGCGUCGCCAUCACCUCAACCGCAGGCCCCGCCUAUGCCUCGGAAAUGGCCCAUCCCGCAUACCGAGGUGUCUUGACAGGAAUUUUCAAUACAUUUUGGUUCGUUGGCGGUAUUCCAGGAACCUUUGUUCCCUACGGCACAUCCACCAUGGAAGGCACCAUCUCCUGGCGUAUUCCGAUCUGGCUGCAAAUGGUGUUUGCCGGUAUUGUGCUCGUGUGCUCGCCUUUCUUACCCGAAACGCCGCGUUGGUUGAUCGCAAAUGAUCGCCAUGAAGAGGCCCUCAACACUAUGGCCAAGUACCAUGGCGAAGGCAGCCGGGAUUCCCCCAUCGUGCAGCUGGAGUACAAGGAGAUGGUGGAGGAUAUCUCUGUGACUGGUUCAGACAAGCGCUGGUGGGACUACCGUGAGCUGUUCAAUAGCCGAGAGCAACGCUACAGGACAAUGAUCGUGCUCACUAUGGCGUUCUUUGGGCAAUGGUCUGGUAACGGUCCAGUCUCGUACUACUACCCGACUAUGCUCCAAGGUGCCGGUAUCACCAGCAAUCACCGCCGGCUCUUGCUUAACGGCAUGCAAAAUGUCGUCUCCUUUGGUGGGGCCAUCUUCGGCGCUGUCUACACAGACAAGUGGGGCCGCCGCCCGCAACUGCUCGUCUCUACUGGUAUCUGCGUUGGGAUUUUCUGCAUCGUAUGUGCGUUGGUUGCUACCAAUGUCAUUAACGGACCGGAUGGUAAGCCGAAAGUCGACGCGACUGGUACACCGAUGAUCAAGAAUCCUGGACAAGCUAAGGCCGUGAUCGCUUUCAUCUUUAUUUUCGGCUUUGUCUUCUCGGCUGGAUACACACCACUGCAGCAACUGUACCCUGUGGAAUGUCUCAGGUACGAGUCGCGAGCGAAGGGGAUGGCUUUCUACAACUUCUGGGUGAACAUUGCUGGGUUCUACAACACGUUUGUGACUGGCAUUGCUUUCUCUGGAGCUGGCUGGAAGUACUACUUCCUCUUCAUUUUCUGGGACAUCUUCGAGUUCGUUUUUAUUUACUUCUUCUACGUUGAGACGCGUCGUCGUACCCUUGAGGAGCUCUCUGAGAUCUUCCAAGCCAAGAAGCCUGUGAGCGCUUCGCUCAGUAAGACAAAGAUUGUCAUGCAUAGCAACAAACAAGGCGUCAGCGAGAUCUUUAACAAGGAGAUAGCGGCUUAG